AUGGAUUUAUGGUGUGGUCCUGAUACCUUGGUUAACAGGAUGAAAUUUACCAAAAAAGCUGUAUCGCAAAUGAGAUGCCGAUUUGCGCAAUUCGCGAAGUUUUCUGAUAUUAAAGCAAGGGUGAUUCUCCAAUUUUAUUUUCUCAGUUUUGUUUUUUAUAUAUUUAAUGUGCCCUACAUUAGAAAGAUUGGAUCGUUAGAUAGGCGUUUGAAGCACGAUAAAAAGCACACAAAAAGACAAAACACACACAAAGCAAAAUACCAUCACAAAAAACAGAAACUUCGAAACAGUUUGUUUCACCUUCAAAAUCGUCUUAAAGAUGUCCAAUCAAGUAAGAGAACUUUUCCUUUAAAUGUAAAUUUAACAAAUUGGCAAAAUGUUCCAUAUAUGGACCAAAACCACAUUUAUGCAACGAUUGCACCAGCUAACACCGAUGAAGUAAAUCCUAUUAAACGAAGUUUUAGAACACAAAAUUGGGCAAACAAGGCGAAGAAUGGGAAUUUUAAAUCCACCUCUUCAAAUUUUAAUGGCAAAUCGUCUUGGACUUCCUCUUAUUUACCUGGAGGAUCUGCUACAUCUUCUUAUAAUGGAGGUUCUAUGAAAGGAAACUCUGCUGGCUCAGGCUAUAAGGGAAAACAAUUUGGUGGUGGAAUCUCAACUAAACUUUCCGGCUUUAACGGAGGAUCAAGGACAGGAACCUCUACUGGAUCAGGUUAUAAAGGAAAACAAUUUGAUGGCAGAGUUUCGGCUUUUGACUACGGUGGAGGCUCUAGUGGAGGCUUAAGUGGAGGUUUUAUGAAAGGAAUCUCUGUGGGAUCAGAUUAUAAAGGAAAACAGUUUGGUAGUGGACUUUCAGGAGCCAAUGUAAGUUCUAUGGCAGGAACCUCUGCUCAUUCAAAUUAUAAGAAUAAACAACCUAAUGGCACGUUUUCAGCUGGUCUUUCUGGUGCAGAUGGUGCUAUGAAUAAAAUCUCCAGCAGUUCAGAUUAUAAGAAGAACGGAUCUUCCAUCUCUGAAGGACGCUUUGCUGCUGGUAAGGUCAAUUCUCUUACGGGAUCGUCACUUAGAGGAAAGUACAGUAAAGGAGAUGCACUGUUCAGACCUCGUCCGAAAUUAAAAACAGCAUUUGGAAGCUCAACGUCUCAGGGACAAAGACCUCAAAUGUACUUGUCAGGCAGCUCCAAAGAAGCAUCAAUAGGUCAAAAUAAUUCAUCAUUAAAUAAAGGAGAUGGUGCACAAAACACUAAUAGUAAACAACCACAAAACUCACAACAGCAACCACCAAACCAACAACAACAACCUCAAAACCAAAAACAACAGCCUCAACAAAACCCACAACAGCAACCUCAAAACCAACAACAGCAACCAAACAAACAACAACAAAAACAACAGCAAUUGCAACCACAAAACCAACAAAAUCCACAACAACAUCAAAAACAAAAACAACAGCAGCCACAAAACCAACAACAGCAAUCACAAAACCAACAACAGCAACAGCCACAAAAAAACCCACAACUACAACCACAAAAUCAGCAACAACAACCACAAAACCAACAACAUCAACCACAAAACCAACAACAGCAACCACAAAACCAACAACAACAACAACAACAACAACAACAGCAGAGUCCCAACGAUUAUGAAGCGCAACCGGAAGUGAUAUACACACCCAAAGAGAAACCCAAGUGUGGCAAUCUAUGCAACACUAAAGUUUUUUGUGAAAAAGGAUGUGACGAGAAUUCCAAAUGUAUUAAAGACUGUAAACCAGCUGACCAAUCAAAUGAGGAAAAACAACAAAGUCAAUCCGAUGGAAACAAAUCAAAACAAAAUAAACCAUCUGAUGAAAAGAAACCAAAACAAAAUAAACCAUCUGGGAAGGAAGGAGGAAAGAAUAAAAACGCAUGUAAGGGUGAAGACUGCCAAGCCACACCAACAAAGAAACCUCAAUGUAAAAGCAGUAGUAACAGUGAGGAGUGUGAUAUUGAACCUGAAACAUUAAAAGCGCAACAAAACAAAAUAUCAAAGCUACCAAACGAUGUCGCAGUUAUCACAACAAAAAAGCCACGCCCAAAAACAACAACCACGCCCAAACCAACAAAAAUUCCCAACGAGUUGCUCCCUAAGACAACUAUGAGUAGCCAAGAAGCUCAGCUUGGGAAAGAUCUUGAAAUCGAAUCUGAUACGUUAAAAAAUCAACUUGAUAAUAACUUUGCUGUGCAGCCUACACAACCUACACCAGUCAACCCAAUCCAGAAUAAACCAACAUUGCAAAAUCUUAACAAAACAAUGCCUGUUAGUAAACCUUUGGCACGACCACCAUUAAACACACCACUAGAUAAUUUACAACCAGGAGAAAAUAUUCAAACUUCACCUGACAAUCCGCUGCCAGAUGUUGUUUAUACGCCAGGUAAUGGAAGACAAGAGGGACCAAAUAAUCCUAGACCUGGAAUUAUCUACUCUCCACCGAUGACAGAAAACACAAAUGAAAACAAAGGGAAUCCAUCGGAUAAUAAAAGGCCCAAUAGGCCACAUGUAAAAUUACCGCCAGAAAAUCCCUCGCCAGAAUGCGACAAGGCGCCAUGUGCAGUAUUAUCGACGUCUGAAGACGAUAACAAAAAUUGCCAGAAACCACCAUGUGCAUUCCUACCAUCAAAGGAACUAAAUAAUGGCAAUUGCCAGAAACCACCAUGUGCAUUCCUACCAUCAAAAGAACUAAAAAAUGGUGAUUGUCAGAAACCACCAUGUGCAUUCCUACCAUCAAAAGAACUAAAUAAUGGCAAUUGCCAGAAACCACCAUGUGCAAUUGUACCAUCAAAAGAACUAAAUAAUGGCGAUUGCCAGAAACCACCAUGCGCAUUCCUACCAUCAGAGGAAUCAAAUAAUCAAGAGUGUCAGACACCACCAUGUGCAAUUCUGUCUUCUAAAAACAAAGACAAACAAAUCCCUUCCAAGGAGAGCGUCAAAUCGAGCAACAAAACACCGCCAAAUAAUAACAGUAAAGAAAAUCCUGUACCGGACAAUUCUGAAGAAAAUAGUAAACCUAAUAGUAAAGAGGAUAACAGAGACGAAAACGAGCCUAACCAAAACACGAAUGACGUCAGUAGCAACAAUGGCAGCCCGAAUAAUGGCAAUAACAGUGAAAACCCCGGUAAUCAGAAUGACAAAAAUGAUCCCAAGGAUAGUAAUCAGAAUGUAGAUGAACCUAGCAGUGGAAGCGAUAGUAACAAAAAUCCACAAAAGCCAAGUGAAAAUACUUCAACUUCUAAUGACGAUUCCAGUAAUGGCAACAAACCACUUAACGACCAAAGUUCUGACGGCAAGAAUAACCCUAAUAAUAAUUCCAAAAAUGAAGACUCUGAGGACUCAAAUAACGGGAAUAAUAGUGAAAAUACAUCUCCAAAUAAUAAUAAUAAAAAGGUAUCUGAAUCCAAUAAUCCCAACGGUCAAUCUACCAAUGAUAAUAGCGAUUCAUCAAACAAUAGAAACUCUAAAAAACCUGACCAAUCCUCGCGAAACAAUGAUGGAACACCAAAUGAGAGUUGGGAUUCAAAUAAAAAUGACGGAGACUCUAAUAAAAAUAAGGGAGAUUCAAAUGAAACCAAUGCAAAUCCAAAUAAAAAUGACGAUUCAAAUAAUAAUAAGGGAGAUACUAACAAAGAUGAUGGAGAUUCAAAUAAAAAUAAAGGAGAUUCUAACAAAGAUGAUGGAGAUUCUAAUAAUAAUAAUAAGGGAGAAUCGAAUGAAGGUUUAAAUACAAACGAUGGAGGUUCAAAUAAAAACGAGAAAGGUCCAAAUAAAAAUGAUGGAAAUUUAAAUAAAUUUGACGGAGCCUCUGAUGAAAAUACCGGAGAUUCAAAUAAAAAUAAUGGCGGUUCAGAUAAAAAUGAUGGCGGUUCAAAUAAAGCUAAUGCAAGUCCAAACAAAAAUGAAGAUUCUAAUAAUAAUAAGGAAGAAUUAAAUGGAGACGGUAAAGGUACAAAUAAAAAUGAUGGAUAUUCAAAUGAACUUGACAGAGACUCUAAUAAAAGUAACGGAGAUUCAAAUAAAAAUAAUGGCGGUUCAGAUAAAAAUAAUGGCGGUUCAGCUAAAACCAAUGCAAGUCCAAACAAAAAUGACGAUUUUAAUAAUAAUAAGGGAGAAUCCAAUGGAGACGAUAAAGGUGCAAACAAAAAUGAUGGAAAUUCAAAUAAACUUGACGGAGACUCCAACAAAAAUAAUGGAGAUUCAAAUAAAAAUAAUGGAAAAUCUAAUGGAGGCUCAAAUAAGAUCAAAGGUUCAAAUGACAAUAACGGAAGUUCAAAUGAAAACGAUGGUUCAAAUAAAAAUGAUGGAGAUGAUGAUAAAAAUAAUGGAGGUUCAAAAAGUGAUGGAGAUAAAAGUACUAAAGAAUCUAAUAAAAAUAAAGAUGCUGGUAAGUCUGAUCACAAUUCCAAGAACAAGAAAGAUGAAAAUCAGAAAGCGACGAAUGAAAAGAAUAAAAAUGAACAAACUCACAAUGUGAAACCUCCAACCAAUCCAAAACCUACAAAUAAACCUGGAGUAUUAACAAAACCUACUCAACCAUCAAAUCAAAAAUUAACGACAGAAAAACCAUGUAAAUAUGGACAAUGCACAAACUCGGGUUUUAUUUUUAGUAUUUUCUCACAAAAUCUGUCUGUCAGUUGA